CCCCACCAUUGUGACCGGCGUGAAUCCGCUAACGCCAUUUUCGCACACUCCAUUUUAGUCAAGCUACUACCCACGCAGUUUCAUGUAACAAAUUAUCAGUUUUCGAGAAAAUCUAGCUUAAUUGUUUAUUGCAAUGGCGAUGAAAUCUCUGCUAGUUAUCUCGGUUUUUAUCUGCUUAAUUUUCUCCCAUAUACAUCCAUCGAAAUCGGAAGAAGACGAAGAUCUCAGUUUCCUCGAGCAGGUGGAGCAGAGCGAUGCCGUGCCGUUGGGUGAUUCCGACCAUUACGGUCAUCCCCAUGACUACGAGAACUACGCCGAUCUGGAAGAUGACGAAGAAUCUGCGGCAUACGGCGACGACGGCGGUCACACUGCCGCGGAGGUGGACGAGACGCACGUGGUCGUGCUGAGGCAAUCGAACUUCAGCGAGUUCAUUGAGAAGAACACAUUCGUGAUGGUGGAGUUCUACGCACCGUGGUGCGGCCAUUGCCAAGCUCUGGCGCCGGAGUACGCUGCCGCCGCGACGGAGCUGAAGGACGAGGCUGUGGUACUGGCGAAGGUCGACGCUGCAGAGGAGACGGACCUCAGCCAGAAGUUCGACGUGCAGGGAUUCCCGACCAUUUUCUUCUUCGUCGAUGGCGUGCACAAACCCUACCCUGGUCAACGCACUAAGGAUGCUAUUGUAUCAUGGUUGAAGAAAAAGACAGGCCCUGGAUUGCACAAUAUUACAACCACCGAAGAGGCAGAACGCCUCUUGGCAGACGAGGACAAAAUAGUUUUGGCUUAUCUCGAGAGUCUGGUGGGCCCAGAUAGCGAGGAGUUUUCUGGUGCUUCAAAGCUUGAAGAUGAUGUUAACUUUUACCAGACGACCAGUCCAGAAGUGGCGAAACUCUUCCAGAUUGAUCCACAGGCCAAACGCCCGUCUGUUGUCAUGAUCAAGAAAGAUGAGGAGAAAUUUAACCAAUUUGGUGGUCAAUUCACUAAAUCUGCAAUAGCUGAAUUUGUAUAUGAGAACAAGCUCGCUCUCGUCACCACUAUGACUAGAGAAAGUGCUCCAUUGGUAUUUGAGAAUCCAAUAAAGAAACAGUUGAUACUUUUCGCAACUUCUAAUGACUCGGAGAAAUUUUAUCCGAUAUUCACAGAAGCAGCAAAAGUUUUCAAAGGAAAGCUCCUAUGUGUUUAUGUCGAAUUGGACAAUGAAGAUGUUGGAAAACCUGUUUCAGAGUACUUUGGAGUUGAUGGAGAAACUCCAAGUGUUCUUGCAUAUACUGGAAAUGAUGAUGCCCGGAAAUUUAUGUUAGAUGGUGAAAUAACUGUUGACAAUAUCAAGUCUUUCGGACAAAAGUUUCUGGGAGACAAUCUCAAGCCAUUCUACAAGUCGGACCCUAUUCCAGAAAACAAUGAUGGGGACGUCAAGAUUGUUGUUGGUAACAACUUUGAUGAUAUUGUUUUGGAUGAGUCAAAAGAUGUUCUUCUUGAGUUGUAUGCUCCCUGGUGUGGACACUGUCAAUCUUUGGAACCUAUAUAUAACAAGCUUGGCAAGCAUUUGAGAGGCAUUGACUCCCUCGUCAUAGCUAAGAUGGACUGGACGACAAACGAGCACCCACGAGCCAAGUCUGAUGGAUUCCCCACAAUUCUCUUCUUCCCAGCCGGCAACAAGAGCUUCGAUCCAAUUACUUUUGAGGAUGAUCGCACCGUGGUGGCCUUCUACAAGUUCUUGAAAAAACAUGCCUCAAUCCCGUUCAAGCUUCAGAAGCCAGCCUCAUCAGUGAGGAGCACUGCUUCAAAAGAUGCUGCUAGCCGCAAAGACGACAGCAGCAGCAGCGACAGCGACAGCGACAACGGCGUGAAGGAUGAGCUAUAAAUGUAGGAAUCUGUCUCGGCUCGAUUACGAAGUGGAGGGAAAAGUCAUGGUGUAUGCAAACUCCUCUAAUCAGGUGUAGUUAUAAGCGAAAGUUUUGCUAUACUGAGUUAUAUAUGUACUGUAAAGACGAGACGAAAGUCAAUUGCUUAUAAAAUUAUUUCCAUCUAA